AUGCUCAAUAAAUCAAAAGAAGAAUAAAAAUUUACUGAAUUUUAAAAAUUUUGUAACAAUAUUGGAUAGUCAUUUUUACUUGGUUCGGCAAUCGGUAUUCCAUGUUUCUUUUACCAUGGAUAUAGGUAUGCUCCUGUAACUAGUAAGUUUUAGGCAGGAUGGUAGCUAGCUAAAACCAGAGGAGUUCUCCUUGGUACUAAUUUUUUGGUUUGGAGACUAAUCUUUGAAUCAUCAAAUCACUUCUUAAAACAAUUCAGAGGAAAAGAUGAUGUUUUCAACUGGGCAGCUGGCGGAGCAUUCGUUGGUUGGAUUUUAACAAUUAGAGCUGGUCCUAAACUAGGACUUAUUUGGGGAGUUGCUUAUUCAGGGUUUUACUAGGGAUAAUAUUACUUUAAUAAGGAAUUCGAAAAUUUUAAAUAAAAAUGUUAGUUACCUGAAAGUCCAUAAAUGGAAAUGAUUUAAAAUUUAAAUGAUUAAGCUUAAUAAAUUUGGUUGUCACUUAAGUUGUAUCAUCAAAAUAUAUUCAUUUUGAGAAACAAUACAUUAAAUUUCUUGGAAAACUUUAAAUACAACAUCCUUGAAGGUUUUUCUAAUGUUUUAGAGCUUAAAGAUAAUGCACUUAGCUAAGAUUGA